AUGGAAAAAGAAGAAGCCUUGAAAGAUCGUAUCCUGGAUGGUGACAAAAUGGAUGUCUUCACAUUAGAAACCAAUGUCAGGAAAAUGAUCAGAGAUUUGUUAGAACCCAUCAUGAAUAAAGCCCAUGAUGAUAGGAAAGACAUGGAAAUCAUUCGUAAAUAAAAUAAAUGAAUUUGAUAACAAGGUUAAAGAUAUCCACAGAGUUGUCUUUAAUCAGCCCAAUUCAGGUAGAGAGAGAAAAGAUGUGUUUGAAGAAAUUUAUGAUAAGAUCAGUGAAACUAAUGCUGAAAUUACAAAGCUUAAAGAGCUCCAACAGUUUGAAGUCCAAGCUCGGAAAGACAGCAUUGAAGAAAAUAACGACCAGAUUAAAAAGUUCAUCAAAUCAGCUGAAGAUCUUCGCAACAAGCAUCUGCUAAUUUUAAAUGAUUUUCAUGAAAUUGAGAAGCAUAUAAAGGAUGUUCAGUCCCAGCUGAAUUUAGAUAUCAAGAAUUCAACAAACAAAUUAGUCACUCUAAUUGAAGCUUUAUACGAGAAACAGAAUACAACUGAUGCGAUGUCACUGAAAAACAACACCAGGAUUGAGUACCAUAACAUCCUUAUUGAAAAGUUAAAAGAAAAUCAUGAGAAUUUACACCAUAAAUCUCUUCAGAAAUGGACAGAAUUCUCGAGCAAGGAAGAACUUUACCAGCCUAAGGAAGAAUUUGAUAGUUUCAGAGAGAAGAUCCAAUUCGAGCUUGACCAGAGCAAGAAGGAGCAUGAAGAAUUUAGUAAUAAUAUCCUGACUAUCGAGAACUACACUGACAAAUAUGUGCCGAUAAAUACUCAUAAUGCUAUACUAGAAGCCUUCAGAAAUAUAAUGCCUCCUAAAUUCAUUCAGAAAUUGAAGGAAUACGAAGAGAAGGUAUUCAAGGCAACUCAUAAAGUAAUCCUCGAAGAUGAAGGUAUUGGCAACCUCAUCCAGAAGAAGGAGGAACUUAUUGCUAAAAUGGCUAAAGCACCAAGCCCACAACUCUCAAAGAAGGCCACAAGGAGGUAUAGGAACAUAGAUACCAUUAAGACCCACAAGGAUAGCCGCCAGAAGAGAAAACAGGAGCUUCUUGUGCAGUACUCCACUAUGAUCAAUGAUAAAAGUGGAGGUAAAUAACCUCAGUGCAAACCUGAAUCCUUAUCUUGUCAAAGAUCUGAAUUAUAAGAUGAAAGCCCAACAAAAAUUAACAGGAAAUUUCGAUUCAGAUGGAGAGAGACAAUCAAAUGGGUCCUUUGUCGGAAGAAAUCUCAGAUCACCUCCAGGAAGAUAUGAAGGUUCACUAAGAAGCGUAAAUUCAAAUGAAGGCUCACAACCUCAAUAUGAGACAGACUCCAGUAACCCAGAAUUCGUCCUGGAUCUUAACAAAAAGGUUGAAAUCCUUCUCGAAAGAUUUGGAAAUCUUGAAGUCAAAGUCUCAGCUCUAGGUAAAACAGAUACUGAAGACCUUCAUUCAAAAAUGGUUGAAAUUCAAAAAUGGCUGAAAAGGGUAGAGGGGUAUGUCUCCCAGCUUCAUUCAGAGCUGGAAGAUGUUCAAAAACUCAACAAGCAAUUUAAAUUUGACUUAUAUGAAAAGCUUAAAACUCAAAGGAAGAUCACAGGAGAGCUUGAUAAGAAAGUCACCAGCAUAUUCUCUCAGAGGAAGACCAGAGGCUUGAUACUGUCAGGUAGCAAGAAAUCCAAAGAGGUCCGAAUGCAAUCAAUUGGUUAAG